UUGAGGACUCCAGAAAUGGACAGUCUGCUACUGAAGCGUAAUAAGUUCCUGUACCACUACAAGAACCUCCGCUGGGCACGAGGCCGGCACGAAACUUACCUGUGUUACAUCGUCAAGCGCCGGUACAGCUCGGUUUCCUGCGCCAUGGAUUUCGGCUACCUGCGCAAUCGGAGUAAUUGCCACGCAGAGAUCCUGUUCCUGCGCUACCUGUCCAUGUGGUUGGGGCAUGAUCCAAACAGGGCGUUCCGGGUCACCUGGUUCAGCUCAUGGAGCCCGUGCUGGGACUGUGCUCGUCGCACCGUUGAGUUCCUGCUCAACCAUCCCAACCUGACCCUCCGCAUCUUCAGCGCCAGGCUGUACUUCUGCGAGGAGCGAAACGCGGAGCCGGAGGGACUGCGUAGGCUGCAGAGAGCAGGCGUACGAAUGGCGGUCAUGAGUUACAAAGACUACUUUUACUGUUGGAACACUUUUGUGGAGACUCGAGAGCAAAGGUUCGAGGCUUGGGAUGGACUGCAUCAGAAUUCAGUGCGGCUCUCGAGAAAACUGAGGCGUAUCUUAGAGCCUCCAUAUGACAUGGAAGACUUACAUGAAGCAUUUGAUCUUCUGGGACUUUAGGGGAUGUCUCAGCAAAUCAAAAUGAAAAAUUUUACUGAGUUCCAGUUCAAAACUGGCAAAUCGC